UUUCCUCUACAAAACCGCCAGCCCUCCUUUCCACUACCAUCCCCCCUUUCCUCACAUACUCAUGCGCUGUCUUUCCCUCCCUCGCAUGCACACACUGGUGAAUAUACAUUGAAACACUGCUGCCACAUGAGGCCCAGCAGCAGCCCGCUGUGUGUGAGUCACUGGAGAAAGUUACACCAGCCCUGUGUGUGUUUGUGUUUUCCAUGCAGCAGCAGCAGCAAGCGUCUCCUCUGCACCACUUUCCUGGGACAGAGCACAGCGACAGAGGGGAGAUCGACCUGCACUGCAGCUGAAUCAGGGAAUCUGAACAAGUGACGUCCAUCAUGGAGGUGCCCAGGAGGCGACUGCCUUCCUUCACGUUGACUCUUCCCAAACCAGCCUCAUCUGCGCUGGCUGCCUUUGGAGCUUUACAGAAAGUCACCAAGAAGGAUUCAAUGCACCAGGAGCCAGAUGAAGCCUCAGAGAAAACUGAAUCUGGAGAAGAGACAUUCAUCCCAGAGGCUGAGGACUCAGAUGUUUCCGUUGAAGCUCCAGCUGAGACCUCGGGACCUGAAGAUACAAGGUCAAGACUUUCCUCCCAGGAUAGCUUUACGGAGGAGAGGUUAGCACAGGAUGCGGAAGAGGUCGAGAAGAAAUCUGAAGAAGAGGAAGCAGCGGCUAAAGCGAGAGCAGCCCAGAGACAGCUGAUGUCCAUCGAGGAGCUGGUCCAUUCUGAGAGGAAUUAUCUUCGACUGCUGCAAGUCAGCACGGUGACCAUCAGGAGCAACCUGCAGACACUACAGCCUCCUCUAGCCAACCUGGACAGCAUGUUCCUCUACAUCGAGGAGGUGAUGGACGUGUCGAGUCGACUCCUCAGCUUGUUGGACCAGAAGCAGGUUCAGCCGGGAGAUCCUCAGUUCCUGGAGACGCUCUGUGCUUCGUUCCUCAGCCUGUCUUCAGACAUCGAAGCAGCCUAUAGGGAGUACCUGGCCAACUACAACAAUGUUACCGUGUUGGAAAACAGCUACAAACAGAAGGAGGACGUCUGGAACGAGAUUGUCAAUGUCAUCAAGGCCUCAGCGCCUGAGGUGAAUGCUACUUCUCUGAGUUUCUUCCUGGUGAUGCCGGUGCAGCGGAUCGCCCGCUACCCGCUCCUCCUGCAGACCAUCAAGAAACACACCGACCCGGCUCACCCUGCGUACGCAGUCCUGGAGCACACGGCUCACACCUCCAUCGCCAUCAACUGUCGUAUCAACGAGUACAAACGCUUCAGGGAAGUUGCCGACAAAUACAAGAAGACCGAAAACUUAACCAUCAAAGACAAGAUCAACCGUCUCAACUCCCACAGCAUCGCCAAGAAGACGGCGAGGCUCAGCCAGCAAAUCAAACACGAGGCUGGAAUAGUUCCUAAGCUGGUUGAUGAGGAGUUUAACAUCCUGGAAGGUUUCUUCCACGUCCUGGGCCACGGGAUCCUGCAGCUGCUGGAGAAUGUGGAGACGUAUCUGCACCAUCUACAAGGUUUCCUGGCCUGUAAAACGGAGGAGUUUGACUUCGACAUGGACGGAGAGAAGCUGCUGAUCUGCUACAAAGAGAUCACCACAGCACUCAGACAGUGGAUCCUUCCUACGUUUGAGAAGAGGAUGAGGACGUUGAUUCACAAACCGCUGUGUGCGCUCCGUGACCUCCUGGUGGGCCCGAGGAACCUGAUCAAGAAGAGGCUGGACAAGCUGCUCGACUACGAACUGAUCGAAGCCAAAUCAAAUCUGACCUACGAGGAGCAGGCGGUGGCCAACACCUACAGGACAAUCAACACUUUGCUCCUCAACGAGCUUCCUCAGUUUAACGCUGUAGCUCUGCAGAUGAUCUGGAGCAUGUUGGGGACGUACAGCUGUCUGCACAAAGACCUCGCCUCAGACAUGGAGCAGCUUUUCCAGAGCUUCACACAACAGCUGCCGCACAGCUCAUUCAGCCCUGGUGCAUUCUGGGAGUGGGCAGAGACCGCGGUGUUAGAAGGGGCGAGGAGGCUGGAGACUCUGUGUCGAAGUGUCGAGGAAACGCUCAACGCGCCUUUCGUCCAGCCUCUGAGCCCGUCCUCCCAGCGGCGCCUGAAGCAGCUGACGGAUAAACACGGCUCUGGAAAGAUCUACCAGGUGGGGGGAGUUGUUGUGGGAAGCCGUGACCUGGACCUGAACCUGGCCAAAGGGGAGCUGGUGGCCAUCAUCAGCGAGAUGGACACACGCGGAGACAAACGCAGGUGGCUGGUGGACGCAGGAGGCAGAAGAGGCUACGCUCCUUCCUCGAAGCUAAUUCGCUAUCACCAGCCUUCAGAGGACCCGCCCCCCUCGCCACACCUGACCUUGCCCGAUGGCGUGACGGGAAUCAGAAGACACUCCUACACCCCCGAGAGCCGGCCGCUGACGGUCAUGAGCAAGCCUAGCUUCCAGGUGAUGGCAGCCUACGACUUCACGGCCAGAGGAAGCCAUGAAGUCUCCCUCCGGGCCGGCGAGUCCGUCCGGGUCCUGGAGGCCCACGACAAGCAAGGGCACCCCGAGUGGAGCCUGGUCGAGGGGCGGGGGGGUCAGAGGGGCUACGUGCCCUCCAACUACCUCACCAUCACGCCACUGGGGACGGGACCACCCGGGGGUUUCCACUGAUGGGAAGGAGGACGGGGAGGACUUGCACCUGGGGAAUCACAGCAGCACGUUCAGCAUCAGCGUGAAGAGGAUCUCACCGCUGCCCCCUGCAGACGGCUUCCAGCUGUGGUUUUAAUAUUCAGCUGCACCUGCUUCUUUAAGCUCAUAAAACUAAGCAAGUAUCUGCAUCAUGAUAAUCAGUGAUUUCUUGAAAAAGGCCAAAUUCGAAGGAAAGCAAAGGAAGCUACGAUUGUUUUUUCAUUUUCCCCGAGGGAUUAUUCAGCCUAUUUAACCAAAAGCUUAUUUUUUAAAAGCCGACACUGAAGUGGAGACACCAGAAGACUGGUGUGAUGCCAUGGACAAAGACUUGAACAUUUAAAAACAAUCUCUCUGCGGUGCCAUCGCUGCUGAAGCUAAACUUUCAAAAUGACCCGACGGUGCAAAAACAUCUCAUAAGAACAUUAAUACCUUUGCACUCGGGUUUGGGUUUGUACAGUAAAACCUGGAGAAGAAUCUGAAAGAGUUCACGUGGGAGGAAAAGCUUUUGUCCCACAGAAAGUGUGAAUAUUAAUAUAGUGAUUGAUGAAUGUGACACACUGGGGGAAAGAUGAAGGAAGCAGCAGCAGCAACCCGGCGCUGGGAGUUGUACAGAAUGGCGUCUUGCUCGUGGACACCUGGGCAGGUUGCAGACUUUGCUGGCGGAGACGGAUUUUAAUCCUGCAUCUUCAGGAUUCUCAUUUUGGAGGAUGUUUAAAAAGCACCGGACAAUAGCAACGUUUUGGUUCUGAGCUCCACAUGAGAAGAGACGUUUGGACACAAAGACCCUGAACAGACAAAAGACUCCAUAUGUCUGUGUGUUUGCAAACUAACUGCAACGCUUACACACCCUGAGCAUGUGUGUGUGCUUCUGUUUGACAUGAAGCUAGGCUGACAGGUGUGUGUGUCUGUGUGCGCGUGAAGUCACCUCCUCCUCACCUGGAGGAAGGAUCAUCCCUCUAUUGAGACUGACAGGUACACGACGCCCUCAUCAUCUCAGACUGUGUAAUGGGAUGUAAAUGUAAAAUGUCUCCAGGCCUGAAAAUAGAGAGAGAGAGAGAGAGAGAGAGGAGGAAGAAGAAGAGGAGAUGUGAGGCGAGGAAGGAGAACAAGUGCUGCAGUGAAAUGGAAGAAAGACGUGUGGAGGAGACAGUUAGUCUGAAGGUUUCCUGUUCAGCCUCCUUCGUUUUCCCUCUCUGCUCACAACCCUGAUGUUAAUCCACUCUUCUUCUCACUCCAGCUUGUGGAGGUGAAGUGUCUCUGUUCCCUCGUUACUCUGAGAUCUACACUCGUCCAUCUCGCCUGAACAAAAGAUUAUAAAUCCUGGAUACAAAAGAGCAUCGACAGGAUGAAACUGAUCUGAGAUCUGAGCUCUGUGUUCAGAGACACCUGAUGAUGCAGUGAAAACGUUCCGGGAGACUUCUGGUCGUGUUUUGUCGGAUUAGUGAAAAUGUUCCACUUCAUUAUGUCUCAGUGCUUCGAACGUUCAGUGGAGCAACAUGAGGUUAACAGAGCUGCGUGAAAAGAGACGAGUACCUGCUCAUAUACCAAAAAUCUGUCUUUUCACCUAAAGGACAUAAUAAUGAGACAUUUAUCAAGAUAAUUAUCGAUGUAGAGGAACAUUUGUAUCCUGAUCCUGGAGUUCAUCUCACCUCGAUGAAGCUCUGAAGAAACUUCUCUCACUAUCUUGGUGCAACACAAGUAUUUGGUUCUAGUUAAAACGCUCUCGUGAAUCUUCUUUUGAACAACUAAUAAUAAACGCAAUGAGUCUUUUAGAAACUCUAAUAAUAUGACAUCCCUCUUGGUACGUGAACGUGUUUUGUAUAAUAUUGAGUCUGCUCCUGUUUCCUGAAUUGUGCUGCAUCAGCUGCUGUGGCUGUGAUGCAGCAGAAGGAGGAGGUGGAGGAGGAGGGAGGAGGAGGAGGAGGGAGGAGGAGGCUGGGAUCAGGAGCUGCUCAGCUGGAGCUUAGCUUCACCCAUCAGCCUGAAUGUCAGGACUGAGCAGAGCAGCAGGAGGGAAGGGGGGGGGGGGGGGGGGGUAGUGAUGAUACUUAAAUACCAAAUGUCCUCAAGGUUAGUGAGAAGAAAGAAUGUGAAGGAAAAACCCUCCAACCUGAGAACAUUUACCUGCUCUCACCUUUUCAAAGGCCACGUUCGGCUGAGAGGAAGAAAUUCAGCUUUUAAAUGUUACUAAUCAAACAUUGAUCUAAUUUCUCUUCAGUGGUUUUCAGUGUAUUUGUUUUUAAUUUCAUCUGGUGGCAAACGAAGUCUAUGAAACUGCUGCUGAGUAUUUUCUGUUUCUCUUGAAAAGCCUGACCAACAAUGUAGAUUGUGUAAAAACAUAACUAUUAACACAUUAAACCAUUAAAACCAGUUACAGGUUUUAAUGUGACUGGUCUGCUGGUGUAUUGCGGAAAGAGGAUUUAACAGGGUUUCUUAAGUAAAGAUGUUAUUUGAUCAGAAACUGGAUAAAACUUCAGACAUGUUUCGUGGUCGGGGCAGAAACAUUGAACUUACAUGUGAAGUGACAUCCUUACACACACACACAGACACACACACAGACACACACGCACACACACACACCCAAUGAUUGUGCCUUGCCAAACUUUGUUUUUUACUUAUUCACCACGCCACCAGAGGGAGUGUGAGACUUUGUAUUUCACCAUACAACUGGAAAGAGAAAGAGUGUGUGUCUCUCUGUGUGUGUCUCUCUGUGUGUGUGUGUUACCUCCAUCUUUACUUUACCUUCUGUCAGUAUUAGUUGUCUGCCUGAGCUCACAGUCGACUCCUGUAAGUUGUGUUCAUGUUUAGUUUAUGAUUAUUUUGUUUAAGCUACUGUACAGACUUGUUUCUUUGUAAAUGUGUGUUUUGUUAAGGUUUUAAAUUAUUUUAUACGCCAAAGGGCAACAAGAGAUGAAGUCUUUUAAUUAUCGCCAAAGUUAUGAUGUUUAACGCAAUCACACAAACACACUAACACACACACACACACACAACAGAUGAGCGUCAGUCAGCUGUGAAUUGACUGUAGCUUUAAUAAAACUAAAAGAAACCUG